AGAGUAGAAAGCAAGAAAUAGUGAGGUUAUGUUUAUAGAGUCACGUUUACGUUGAUAUUCAUAUCAAUAACACUUAAUGUUGAAUGAGGCUACUUUAUUUAUUUUAUAUCCAUUUCAAGAUUGCAAUAUUUGUGAUUUGUGACUGAUUCAUGUAAGUGUUGGUUCAACUUUCUCCCUAGCACCAAUAUUGGUCGUUAUUGUCCAAUAGGUACUCAACAUGUCAGUUUAGACUAUAGUCUCGUGAUAACUUGGUAGGCUAUCAUAGUUCCAUUCCCUUCAUCUACAAUGGUCAGCUUGAGUUGUAAUAAACAAAAUAUAGCAUUAACAGUUGAAAAUAGAACCAUAUUUGUCAACAUUGAAUCUCAAUUCAUUAAAGUGGUUGAGUUGGAAAAAAAUAUUGCAUCUUCUUUCAGCACCGACAAUCAAGACAUCGAUGCGGACGAUUCCAAAAAGACAGUUACAUACUCUUCUUCAGACAUAUCUAAAUGUGGUAAAUUCUUUGUACGUGCCCAUGGUAGAAAUUUGUCUUUGUGGAAUCUAAUAAGCGCAGAUUUCAUCAGCAAUAGAUGUCUUCAAAAACGAGCAAACAAAGUCAGAUUUUCCCCAAAAUGUGAUUCAAUUGUGGUAGCUGAUAAAUCGGGUGAUGUUUUCUUGUACUCAGUCAAAAGUCCUUUGGAUGCAGGCGUUCUUAUUCUUGGACAUUUAUCAAUGCUAUUGGAUGUGUUAAUUAGUCCUGAUGAAAAGUUCAUUAUCACCUGUGACCGGGAUGAAAAGAUUCGUGUGUCAUCGUUCCCAAAUGCCUACAAAAUUCACACUUAUUGCUUGGGUCAUGAAGAAUUUGUGACUUCGAUUCAGCUUCUGCCACAUUGUCAAGAUAUUCUCAUUUCUACAUCUGGUGAUGGUACUGUAAAGCUAUGGGAUUAUAAAAUGGGCAGACUGAUUGAAACACUCAAUUUCUCUCCUACUGCUGGAGCAGCUUAUCCUGAUGAAGAUACAAACGGUGCUAUUGUGACCAGUACCUCUGCACGGAUAGCAAACGAUCAGUCAUUGCUAUGUGUGACAGUUAGUCAACAAAAAAGUGUGAUCGUUUUCAAGUUUAGUGGUGAUUUAGAAAAAAUUGAACAUUAUGUAUACACAUUGACUUUAGACAGUGAACCAGUUGAUAUCCUCCUGGAUGAUAGAAGUAAUCUGUGGCUAGUACUAUUUGAAAAGAAUUUGAAGCUUGUGGUUUUUGGGGGUAUAGCAUUAUUCAAACCCAGUUUAAAAGAAGAUUCCAAUGUGGUCGAUAGAAUUAAUCAAGAAAUAAUAAAUGUGAAAGAAGUUACUUUUAAGAAAGAUAUGAUUCCAUUGCUGUUCAAAAGAAGUUUUGAUAAUGUUAAAGAUUAUUUGAAACGAAAAAAUGAUAGAAUAUGUGAUCAGAAUGACAAAAAAAUAAAACUUGACACGCCUGCCACAUAAAAUGUAAUUAUUUUCAUAAUCUGAUCAUUGUUGGAUUAAUAAAAAUCUCACAAAGUAUUA